GUCACCUUUCUGGUGACAGAUUAUGGGAACCGAAUGCCUUCUGAGGCCAUUUUGCCCUUCUCCCAAUCUGGAAGUGCCCCAGCUUCUAAGCCUUACUUUCCCUCACGAUUUAGAAUUUUAGCAAAUAUAAAAAGUAAGAUCUUGGUCCUUUACAAUAAAGGAGGAAAUGAGGAUGGCAUACGAGGCCGCCAGUCCAACCCAGCCAUUCUUCCUCACUCACCCAGUCUUGAAAAAGGCCUGGGUAUUGGGGAAGAGAGGAGGAAUUUCCCUGGAGCUCAGUCACCCCCUCCCACCUUUCAGUAGGAACUGGGCAUGCAGCCAGCUGUGCUGGCAGGGCCUCCAGCAGCUGUGUCAGGGCAGGAGACACUGUCGGGUAAAGUAGGGGAAGGUGCUGCCAGUAUUUCCCCAUCACACAGUGGGUGCACAGACCCGGCCUGGAACUUAGACUCCCCAGACAGAAUGGCUGCAAAGUGCAGAAGGAAACGGUAACAAUGACGGUCUAAUCUUUCCAUCCCCAGUAGACCCUGCUCUCCAAGGUGUCUAGUUCAGUGUUCUAACCAUGGCUGGACUUCUGUGUCCUCAGUGUCCAUGUUCAACACCUUUUCCCAUAUCCCUCCAGGCUGUGAGUGUCACACGGUGGGGAGGGGGUAGGGGCCACCAUGUCAUCAUAUCAGAAGGAGUUGGAGAAAUACAGAGACAUAGAUGAAGAUGAGAUCCUAAGGACCCUGAGCCCCGAGGAGCUGGAACAGCUGGACUGUGAGCUACAAGAAAUGGACCCCGAGAAUAUGCUCCUGCCAGCUGGACUGAGACAACGUGACCAGACAAAGAAGAGUCCAACAGGGCCACUAGACCGAGAUGCCCUAUUGCAGUACCUGGAGCAACAGGCACUAGAAGUCAAGGAGCGUGAUGACUUGGUGCCCUUCACUGGCGAGAAGAAGGGGAAACCCUAUAUUCAGCCCAAGAGAGAAAUCCCAGCAGAGGAACAGAUUACGCUGGAGCCCGAGCUGGAGGAGGCACUGUCCCAUGCUACAGAUGCUGAAAUGUGUGACAUUGCAGCCAUCCUGGGCAUGUACACACUGAUGAGCAACAAGCAAUACUACGAUGCCAUCUGCAGUGGGGAGAUCUGUAACACCGAAGGCAUUAGCAGUGUGGUACAGCCUGACAAGUAUAAGCCAGUACCAGAUGAACCGCCAAAUCCCACAAACAUUGAGGAAAUGCUAAAGAGAGUACGAAGUAAUGACAAAGAGCUGGAGGAAGUGAACCUUAAUAACAUACAGGACAUCCCGAUACCCGUGCUCAGUGAGUUAUGCGAAGCAAUGAAGACGAACACCUAUGUCCGGAGCUUCAGUCUGGUGGCCACAAAGAGUGGUGACCCCAUCGCCAAUGCGGUAGCUGACAUGUUGCGUGAGAACCGUAGUCUCCAGAGCCUGAACAUUGAAUCCAACUUCAUCAGCAGCACAGGGCUCAUGGCUGUGCUGAAGGCUGUUCGGGAGAAUGCCACUCUUACCGAGCUCCGUGUAGAUAACCAGCGCCAAUGGCCUGGUGAUGCCGUGGAGAUGGAAAUGGCCACUGUGUUAGAGCAGUGUCCCUCUAUUGUGCGCUUCGGGUACCACUUUACACAACAAGGACCACGAGCUCGGGCGGCCCAGGCCAUGACCCGGAACAAUGAGCUGCGUGAGUAGCUGUGGAGCCCCCGUGUAGAGACGAGGGCAAGUGCCGAGAUGGGCGGUCCCGAAAACAGACUUAGUGACGAAGGCUUGGGUAGCUGGCACACACGCGGAGAGGAAUGAGCGGGAAACAGAUACAAAGUCCGUCUUCCCCCAGCACACAUCUGGAGAGAAGUGGGUGGGAGCUCGGCAUGACAGUACCGCCCAGAAACACGUCCUUUUAUUUCUCAGUGUGUGUUCUUGAUUUGCUGUUAACAUGGGACAGGCCCCUCAGGUGGCCUGGGGCAGCAGUUUAUAAGUCUAAGGAAAGGGAAAGAGAAACACGCCCUUGCCAAAACAAGAGAUGAAGCUGUGCUCACCAUUCUCCCUUUACAGGUCGCCAGCAAAAGAAGAGAUAGCGUCACCCUUCCUUUUGCUAACAAGAGAUGAGAGCCCUGGACACAUAAAUCCUCAUCUCUCUUCCCUUUCCUGUAAAUAAAAUCCCUUUUGUUCA